GCGCCAGCAGCCGCCGCAGCAGCCGCGGCUGGGCCAGCCCCCAUGGUCUGGGACGCCACCGACACGCACUUCGGGUUGGCCCGCCAGGACGUCGCCAACCUGCAGCGAAUGCCGAUCGAGUGGGUCCAGGCCGUCGUGCCCGUCCUGAUGAGGAUGUCCCUCAGGCACGAACAGGGCUUGAACCAGCUCGAGGCCGCCAGCUACCGACACGUGCGGAUGCCCACCAAGCACGACGUGGUUCAGUCGAUGCAGCUGACCGCGAAGUACUACGGCACAGAGGCCGCCAGGAUCAGGAAGGAGAAACGCGAGCAGCUGGAGUCGGGCCAGACGGUCGACGAGCUGGUGGCCCUGGGCAUCCCCCACCCGCACGUGUGGAUGGCGCUGGUGGGCGCCCUCGUCGCGCAGGGAGAAAAGAUAGGUCAGCAGAACCUGGCGGCACUCAUACAGUACCAGCAGAAGGUCAAGCAGGAGCGUCCGACCAACAGCAACCUCGCGGACGACGUGCGCCACUGUCGUAUGCAAAGCACGCACGACGGAGAGAUGACGAAGAUCUGGAUCGCAGUGGACCCGCCGACGCUCGAGAAUACAGCGGUCAGUUCCCUGGUGCAGCUGGGGGGAGUGCACGAGCAUGGCACGCCCCCGAGGAGUCACAAUGCCGAUGUGGGCACAAAGGAUCCAGAGGACUUCGGCGAGCCUGCGGCCUCGGGGAUCCCAGAGAGCACCUCCUUCCUCGAUCCAGACUACGACUCCGUCUACUUCUGCGCCCCCGACCCAGAGGAGGCCUGA